CCCAAAGCUUUCCUUUCUGUAAUCAUUAUUAUUUCUUCUCUUCUCUGUUGCUACAAAAACAUUCAAUAUUGCGUGCUCUUCUCUUCAAACCCCCACUUGAAGAAAUCUUCUUUUACGCAAACUCCAUUCAUCAUCUUCAAACCCUUUGAAGAUUCUCGGUUAGUUUCAACUCCAGCGAUCUUUUGAGCACUCAUUGUCGACACAACAACAAGGUUCGUCAUCAGAUCAGUGCUGGUGCAGAAGCUACUUAAUUAUGGAGUUGCCACCUGGUGUCAAGUUUAGACCCAAUGACCAAGAAAUUGUUCUCUACUAUCUUCUCAACAAGGUCCAAGGGAACCCAAUCUUCGAGGACUCGAUGAAUGUUAUCGUCGACUGUGAUGUUUUUGGGGAUCCUAGCACGUGGAUGAAGAUUUUUCAAGAAACCCAUAUGGACCGUCUCUAUUUUUACACCAAACUGAAGAAGAAAAAUAAGCACGUUGAGAGAUCUACACAUUCUGCAACUUGGAGAAGUCAAAAGGACGAAGUGCUUUAUGAUGAUAGCAAAACAAUUCACUAUGGGUCUAAGCGAAGUUUCAGUUUUGUUGCUAAGAAUGGCUUCAAUGGCACGGGAAGGUGGACCAUGAAUGAAUACCGACUUGACGGGCAGUUUGCAAACACGACUAAUAAUGAUAAUUAUGUCAUCUGUUGCAUUUCAAAGAAGGAGAAUAUCCAGAAGACCAACAUCUAAGACCUCACUGGGCAAGAGAUGGCGCAUCUCCAAUCGAUCUAUAUUAACUUUUUUUUAAUAGAAAGUAAAAAACACUAAUUUCAUUUUUAUUAUUUCUUAAAUAGUGAUAUAUCAUUUUUUUUGGGUCAUU